AUCUGUGAAGACGCGGAUCGUGCAAUAAAACAUUGCCGCUGAACCUGUUUCGCAAGCGCACUCAGGCUGGGUAUGGAUGCGAGUGUAAACAAAGAGAUAAGGACGACCGUUUCUGCAGCGGAUUUUGACUCCAGCUCUUCAAGCUCUCCUGCGCGAAUGGCAUUCCUGAUGAUAUGCGACAGAGCAUCGAGCCAUUUCGAACCCGAACAGCUGCGAGAGUUCAUCGCUGCUGGCGAAUCCGAAGUACAACGACUCGACCGCGCUUCGUUAGAGAUCGCCCGUCAACGUGAUUUUGUAAUAUCCAAAAUCAAACAGUGGCGCAAUGAUCUCUGUCCCACUCGUCGCUUGCCCCCCGAGAUUCUCGCCGAAAUCUUCCUCCAAUGGGUACAACAGAAUUACUAUUCAUCCUGUCUUCUCCUCCAUACUCCUUUCGUGCUUGCGCAGGUGUGCUCGACCUGGAGAAAGGUGGUCUACAACACGCCCGCCCUCUGGACAGAGAUACACCUGGUCAGACGCCACUCCAAGUCUGAUCAAUUCAUCACACACGACUGGAUAGACAUGUUCGAGAUGUAUCUUGAUCGUUCAAAAGUCUUACCCAUCUUCGUGACGCUUUCGACGGAUUUACU